UAACAAAAGCACACAAUCAAAACUGCAUCACAGCCUUCAGAACACAACUCACCAAGCUGCAAAAAGCAGAUUUAGUUUCUUUUGCAGAUGGUCUAUGAGUCUCAUGUGGCAUCAUAUUAAAUUAUAAAGGCAGUCAGUCGCUUGUUCUGAAGCGAUGCUCCGAGCUGAGAGUUGUGAUGUGCUUGGACCAUUCUGUUGAAAAACAGGCUCUAAAGCUAAUACAGCUUCUCUGAAGAGCAGCAGCAGAGGGGCCUGCGAGGGGCUUCAAACACCUCGAGGACUGCAGUCCCCCCUGGGAUGCACUAUGAGGGUGGCCCAGGGACCCCACGAUGGGCUGUGGAGCGUUUUGCCCUAAAGUAUCUGAAUUACAGGAAGAAGGAAUGAAUGCCAUUAACUUGCCUCUCAGUCCAAUUCCAUUUGAACUAGACCCUGAGGACACUAUGCUAGAGGAAAAUGAAGUCCGAACAAUGGUUGAUCCAAAUUCAAGAAAUGACCCAAAAUUACAAGAACUAAUGAAGGUAUUAAUUGACUGGAUUAAUGAUGUGUUGGUAGGAGAGAGGAUUAUUGUGAAAGACUUGGCUGAAGACCUGUAUGAUGGACAAGUUUUGCAGAAAUUAUUUGAGAAGCUUGAAAGUGAGAAGCUGAAUGUUGCAGAAGUUACUCAAUCUGAAAUUGCUCAGAAGCAGAAGCUACAGACAGUGCUUGAAAAGAUCAAUGAAACCCUUAAACUCCCCCCAAGAAGCAUUAAAUGGAACGUUGACUCUGUUCACGCUAAAAGUCUCGUAGCAAUACUUCAUCUUCUGGUUGCAUUAUCUCAGUAUUUUCGAGCACCAAUCAGACUCCCCGAUCAUGUGUCCAUUCAAGUGGUUGUUGUGCAGAAACGAGAAGGAAUCCUCCAGUCUCGACAAAUCCAAGAGGAAAUAACUGGUAACACUGAGGCUUUGUCAGGAAGGCAUGAAAGAGACGCAUUUGACACUUUAUUUGACCACGCUCCAGACAAGCUCAAUGUAGUGAAAAAGACUCUCAUCACCUUUGUGAACAAGCAUCUGAAUAAACUGAAUCUGGAGGUGACUGAACUAGACACGCAGUUUGCAGAUGGUGUGUACUUAGUCCUGCUAAUGGGUCUCCUAGAAGGCUAUUUUGUUCCCCUGCACAGCUUUUUCUUGACUCCUGAUAGUUUUGAACAAAAGGUCCUCAACGUAUCCUUUGCAUUUGAGCUAAUGCAAGAUGGUGGACUGGAAAAACCAAAGCCAAGACCAGAAGAUAUUGUAAAUUGUGACUUGAAGUCUACACUGAGAGUACUGUACAAUUUGUUUACCAAAUACAGGAACGUGGAGUGAAGAACUGAUUUGAGUUGUAAAGGAGUGUUAAUAUCAUAGCUAGUGUAUCUUUCAUUCGUAUUCCUCUGCAUCUUUAUCCUAAAAGGAACUAAACUGUUUAUCUGAAGAACUCUUAAUUGAUUAUUCUUGCACUACUAUUUUCAUAGUAGAUUUAAAACUAUAUAACUAAAAAAGAAAAAAAAGGUUGGAGGAAAGUAUUUGAGUAUAUUCUGAGAGUAUUCAUGUCUCAAUUGUCUUCACGCUGUUUUUAGUAGGUUAAACAACAAUGAAACCAACCAAUUUAGUAACUUUGAUUCAAAUCAGCCUUUGAAGCCAGUCAUAGGAAGAUUCUUAAUUGAGUACUUUAAUAUUUUUUACAUUUAUCUUUUUUGAAUCUGGGAAGGGGAAGAAUAUUUUCUAUCUAUGAUACGACAGUUCCAUUCUAAUUGUGAGAAAUUAGAAUGAAAUGGAGGGAAACAGUUAAAUACACUUGUUCACAUGACAGCUAAAAAGAAGAGACUUUACUUGAUUAACAUACAUUUCCAGUGCUAUUAUGAGGCUUUAAUUUUAUAGGUACAAACUGAAGUGGCUAGUCAUUCCUUCAGACUUAACUAUAAUGGGAUACUCUGCUUUAAAUCUGUGUUAUUGAGCAUUCCACAGCAGCACACUUUGCAGCUUGUCACUUGGUUUUGUUCAAGGCAGAGAUCUUUUUUGUAAAAGAAUUUUUACAUUUCAGGAAGACACAUCUGUAUAAUACAGGUUUUCUAUAAUAUUCGUAUUAUUACAUAAUAUUAGAAAGUAGAAGAAUGUAUUGGUUUUGUUUUGGUAGUUUAAUCACAGGAUUAUUGGGUUUAGAUUUAUUGCUAAAUAGGAUUUAGAAUUGUCCCUUUGGUUGAUUUUAUGAUGAAUGUAUUUUGCUGCAUAAUGUCCAGCGCACACACACACACAAAAUAUUAAUUUUCUAGAAAUAUUCCCAUAGUGUUUCAGAUACAAAAGCAAUGCUUUUUGGUCAAAACUACUCCCACCUGCAAAGAUUCCAUCACUUUGUAAGGUUCUUUGGUGAUUUUAUAUGCUUAUAAAGAUUUAUUCUAUCUAAUAAUCACCAAGUAUAAGCUGUUUUCUGUUGGUUUUUAGCUUUAACAAAGACACACAGGAGAAAUGGGAGUUGAUUUUUCCCUUUGACUGAUACCAAGCACCAGUUAUGUUUCUGUAAAGAAGCUGAUAGAGGCUGCCUGAAUCACUUCCUAAACAAAGUAUUCCAUUGCAACCAUAGAUUCUUGGAAUCCUGGGUUACACAGUGAAGAAAAAAAAUCCUUAGGCUGAAAUUCUUAGACAACUGUUCAGAAAUCUUUGGGCUGCUUAGUGCAGGAAGGAGACUUGUUAAUAGUCAUCCAGUUCUGGCAGAACUUGUUUAGGUAAAAGGAAAAGUGAUUUGUCGGCUCCUGAGUCAGUUCCUCGGAAGAAAGGCAGUGCUGGCAAGAACAGUCAUUAACAGUUAUAUGUUACUUAUUAUGUAAAGCAUGACAUAUUUUUCAAUUUUCCAGGGCUUUUUUUUUUUCUUUUAUGUAGAGCUUUCCAGUACAACAUUAGCAAAAAAGGGAACUCAAGCAAUUGCUUUCUAUCUCUGAUAAACACCAACUGAUGUUUUGUAAUAAGGUGAUACUGACUUUUGCUGCAGGGCUAUGAAAUUAUUCUUCUGAGAAGUAAGUAUCAACUUUUUCAAGGGAAAGUUAGUAUUCAGUUCAAAUGACAAUACCUGGAUGUUCUCGGAACUCAGAAAUUGUUGUCUGAUUGUUUUAAGUGUUCUAAAUAUCUUUGUUAAGAUAUUUUCUUACCUCUGUAUUUUUACCUGAGUUUCUGAAAUUAGAGGUACAGAAUAUAACAAUUAUUUGCCCUUUACAGAGAGAAAUAACUGGGCAUUUUGACCUCAGUGAAAAUGAACAUGUUUUCAUUACAGCUUUAAUAUCUGAGAAGCUAAACAAUAGGAAUUAACCAAACAUUUUCUGAGCAAACUGAGAUAGAACUUGCCAUGUACAUACCAGCAGCCAUUUCAGUUCAUUUUAAUGUUUAACAUGUAAGUUUUUUAUUUGCACACCUAGAUUUUAGUAACUGUAAUAGUUCAUUAAAAGGAGUAUGUUUUUCUGCAGAUCAUGCUCAGCUAAAACACUUUUACAUAUCAACAGUGACAAACGAUUUUGAUUGCCUUUGAUUUCAGGAGUGCACUUUCUUUAGAGAAGGGAUUAAUAUAUGUAAGGUGAACAGUGAAACUAGUUUCUUGUCUGGACUUAAAAAUAAGUAUUUUUUGUGCUAUAUUGAUGCAACAUUUUUGGAGAUUUUGAAGCCUAUCAAACUCUAUUUUCCAGCCUUAAAAACAUAAUACUGAGACAGAAUGAUUAAAUCCUCAUGCUGAAAUGCAGUUAUGCAGAACCAGAGAAACAUUUAAACAUCCAACCUUUACACAAUUAUCUAUUCUAUGGUAACAAUAUAUGUAAAUUACAAUCCACUAUAUAAACGAGAGUGUCCUAUGUAAAUAUAGAUCCAAACUAAAUAUAGUUUUAACACACUCACACAAAUAGUAUAUGCUGCCAUGUAGGAGUGGGUCACUGCUUAUAUUUUUGACAGUGUAGAUUUAAAUAGCUAUCAGAUAAAUAUGAAAUCUAAUAUACAGAUUAUAUCUAAUAUUUAUUGCUUUGAUACAGAAUAUUAUAGAAAUAUAGAAUACUACUGUAGACAGUUUGCUUUUCAGCCCUUGGUGUAGGUCAGUCCCUUCCUCCAGGGAAGGGAAGUGUUAAGUUAGCUGGGCUGAAUUCUGCCAACACCUUAAUUGCUUUUAUUCUUGAUACACAGCAGUGUAUACUGAUACAGUGCUGAAUGCAGAAUUUUCCUCACUGUUUAUAUUAAGAUAGAAGUUGUUUAAAUUUUAGGUCAAUCCCAGGUUUAUUUAUAAUUACUUUAAAUAAUUAAAUGGAUCCAAGUCAAUUGAUUUAGGUUGUGUAAGACGUGAGCAACCACCUAGAGAGGCCAGUUUCUCAACUGGUCCCAGAGAGAGCCCCUGGUCUCAAGGCUACCUUCUCAGCACUUGGGCUGGAUUUCUAAAGCCAGCCAACGUGAAUCCAAGCCACUGCCUGAAGAUCUCAUGGUGGUAUUUGGAUCUCAUCCACCAGACCCAUGUGCUUGUCUGUUGUGCUCUAUCACAUGAAGGCCCACAGGAAGCUGAGUCCACCAAAACCUGGUAGUAACAAACAGUAAACAUUUCUGCUGUUGGGGCAGCCAAAAGAACAUCUUUCUGUGCUUCUCUCACUUCUAAUUCAUUCAUUGCAUCCAGCAAUAUAGCAUCCAGAUUUGUUUUGUGGUUAGAGAUAGCAUCCUUUCCCUGUUGAUGGAUCCUGAUAUGCUUUUCCAAACACAUAAAACUUACUUUUUUUUCUAAUAGGAACUACAGAUUUUUCAUAGUGUGUCCAUAAGAUGUUGUCAAGAUAAUUACUUAAAAUCCUAAUAUCUUGAAGUCAGCUCCUUUCAGGUUUCUUUCCCAGCUGACUGGCAUUGAGUUGCCAUAAGGAACAAGCCCUAUAAAAAAGCUAUUGAAGGAACCUUUGCAUAAUUUUACCCAAGACACACUCGCAAAGUCCAGAAUUGGAUUGCUCUGCAUUUCUGAUGGAGGAGAGGCACACAGAGCUGACUGCAGAAUAUCUAGUUCUUUGCAUUUCUUAGUCAGUAGGUAUCUUCCUGUUACAGGGGGUAGCAGCCCUUGCAGCUACAUAGCUCAGGAAUUCAAGUGGACUAGCAAGAGCUGGGUAAGGUCCUUAUCUACUUCAAUUAACCGUGGACUGAGUUGCCGAGUGGUGUAUCCCGUGUAAACCAGUGGCGUUAAAACAACAGAGCCUCUGUUUUACAGAGGGUAACAGUAAUUGGAAAUGGUUUACAUUCAGGCAGAAUGUGUUGAUUGAGGUAAACGCUACUUGGUCGACUUUUGUUCUUACUUCUUUACUGCAAGUGUGUUUUUAAAUUCAUGUUUCAGAUUAAUUUAGCAGACACCUUACUGCAAGCGGCAGUGUUGUAAAACAGAAUGGCUUUUAGAAGUAAAGGGGUUUAUUUCAUUAGAGAAAGAUAUAUAUGAUAUUUAAUAUACUAGAUACCAGCUUUAGAUCUAGUUUUUGUUAUUCUUAUCUUCCUAUCAAAACAACCUUCAUAAAUGGCCAAGCACCCAAAGAGAAAACAGUGCCUUGAAGACCUCUUGCAAAAUUUUUUACACUGUUACCUAAUAGACUUUUGUCCUUUUACUUUAAGAAUUAGUAUGGGGUUUGUCUUUACAGUCAGAGUACAAUGACAGACUGAAGAAAUCUUUUAUAAAAAGUUAUUAUUAGUUUGAAUUAAGAUAUUUUAUUUUGAUUUAUCACAUGGAAAAUUGAGAUCGCAUCACCAAAAUUCUAAAAUUAGGCAUAUCUUAGCAUCCACAGAUUUUCCAAAGAGGUUUUGAGUCAUUUAACAUUUACAAGGGCUAAUUUUGUGUAUUUAGACAAUAUUUUGUGUGAGUUUUUUUUCUUCAAUAGUGAGAUUUUCUUUUUUGUCUAACAAUUUAAUACUAUGCACUCUGCAACAAGUCCUUGAAAUAUUUGGUUCUCAACUUCAAUAUCAAACUAAUUAAGAAAAAAAAGAAUAUUUGAAAAACUUACUUAACACAUAUCUGAAAAAGUAUUGUUAGUUUAAAUUAAGCUGCUUGCUUUCAACUGCAGAGUUAGUGGCUUUCACAGAAUAUAUAUACUCUGUAAGCAAAAGACACACUCUUUUGAUGACUUUUUCCCUGUGCUUUUUCUGAAACCUUUGUUAUGAUCCACAAUAAAAUUUGCACCUGAAAAUCAA